GCCCACCAAAGCCGAUUCACAAAACUAGUCGGAGGCUGAGAGGAUGAAAAGAGUGCGCAACCUUGCCCUCCGUCCACAAACUUCAUCCACAGGAAGUGGCUUGUGCACGUGUGCGCGCUCCCGGCAAAGUAAUAAUGCUUGCACAAAGGCUCUCGAGGUCCCUCGGAGAGAGGGCGAAGGUGUGACGAUCAAUAUCAAGUCGUGUUUAUCAGCACGUCGAUGUCGUCAUGGAUCGUCUCUACGUUGUCGACAGAAAUCUGUCCUGAGAAGGCCAACGACAACAGUUCAAAUUAGUAGCGGCAGUAACAGUAUUUGUAACGCCAGUAGCAGUAGCAGCAGCGGCGGUUGCGGCGGCUGCGGCGGCUGCGGCGGCUGUGGCGGCUGCGGCGGUAGCAUCGCCGGGAUGCCAGCGGACGUGGCGCAGCCACCAAGGACGGCAGGAAGCAUCGGUUCUUCGGACCAGCAGAGCUCGAGUUCGUCAUCGCUGCGCCUCGGAGACGAGCGCGACAUGAAGAGUUUACCGCCCUCCUCUUCCCUCACCGGCAUAUAUCUGCGGAGAUUAAGGAGGCGUAGCGAAUACACUGAAACUGGAAGCAUCGGCUAUGGAUCGUCCGCACCUCUGGAAUCCGAGAGCUCGUAUUCCUCGCAUCCGGGUUACCCGACAAAGCCCAGUCAGCCCAAGUCGCCUUGUAAUGAGCUGCAUACAAUUCACCUUCAGCAAUACCAGCAGCAUCAUAGCAAUCAGAACCAACAGACAGCGAGUCCGGGUAGCGCAAGGCAGUUAUCAUCAACGCCGAGUUCGAGGGCCUAUGUGGAUCUUUCUUUAUCAACGAAAUUACCCGGAUGUGCUGCUGUAUCUUUAACUACCUCGAGUAGUAAUGAUAAUCGAAGGUUGGCUAAGACCAUAACAGGUGCCAUUAAAAGCAGGACCAUCGCCUUGUCGGCAGCAUCUUCUACGACCAUGAAAAUUGGCUCCUUAUCGACCGAGGCUGAGACUAGCUACGUCAUCGACUCCGAAAUGGGCAAUGUUUACUUAAAAGGACAACUGCUAGGAAAGGGAGGAUUUGCACGAGUGUAUCUCAUUACUGAAGUCGCAACAAAAAAACAAUAUGCUUGUAAAAUUAUUUCAAAACAUCAAAUGCAAAAAAUCCACAUGCAAAAGAUUGCUCGUGAAAUCAUGAUUCACAAGGAAUUGAAUCAUGAAAACGUUGUACAGAUGCAUCAUUACUUUGAAGACAGCUUGAACGUCUAUAUGCUGCUGGAAGCUUGCCCAAAAAAGAGUUUGGUGCAUGUAUUGAAGUACCGAGGUAAAGUCACGGAACCUGAAGCGCGCUAUUAUAUGAAGCAAAUGGUUAAUGGCGUUGCGUAUAUCCAUUCCCAAAAGGUCAUACAUCGCGAUCUCAAGCCUGGCAAUAUGUUCUUGUCUGAAAGAAUGAUCGUCAAAAUCGGAGACUUUGGACUCGCAACCCAACCCGACAACCAAAGACGCAGAGUGACGUUAUGCGGUACUCCGAACUUUAUAGCACCGGAAGUGUUGUUCAAACAUUCCUAUAGUUACGAAGCAGACGUCUGGGCCCUCGGCUGCAUCCUCUAUGCCCUGCUCGUUGGCCAAACACCCUUUGACUCGACCACUUUAAAAGAGACAUACGCGCGCAUUUGCAGCCAUCGUUACAAAGAGCUCGAUGAUACGAUAGCCACGAGUGCCGGCCAGGACCUUGUACGAUGGCUCCUGCAGCCUAUCCCGGAGCUCAGGGCCACUGUCGAGCACGUCAAGAAGCAUCCCUACCUCACCAAGGAGUACGUACCUGCGAGUUUGCCCGAUAGUUGUUGCUAUCAAGUACCCAGACUUUCAUUCGUCGAGAAGACCUCUGCAUUCGAGAGUCUCCCCUCGACUUUCAACUUCUCAUCCGGACACGAUCGCGAUUUUGUGAACGAGCAGGAGCAGGUAAUCCAACAGCACAUGCAGCAACCACAGUCGAGCUCGGGACUGUCACACAAGUCUUCCCAGACCAGCAAGAAGAGCAAGGUCAAGGGCAAAAAGAAGGUGUCGAGCUGGCUAGCGAGCUGGCGUCUGCCCAAGUUGCCGCGCUUCCGUCGCAGGAUCAGCAGUGUUAUGUGUUUGGAGGCGCGAAAAAAGCAACAGCAGCAACAACAAGGGGAUCUGGGCCCAGGACUCGAGGGACCCGCGACACAUAGCCAGCAAAUAAGCAAGGCUCUCGAAGAAUGCCUCGCAGCUACGGGAAAGGGUCCACCAUCCGAAUGCAACCCGCCCCUCGUUCAUGAUUAUGCUCCCCUCUUCGUCACCAAGUGGAUCGACUACUCUAACAAGUACGGCCUGGCCUUUCAACUGUCGGACAAGUCCGUUGGUGUGCUCUUCAACGACAGUACCAAAAUGAGCUACACUUAUGAUAGGAGACGAGUGGAGUAUAUGACAACGGAUGGUGAAAUUAUAAGAUACAAUCGCGAAAGAAAUAUCCCUAUAGAUUUGCAAAAGAAGCUUGACUUACUACGACAUUUUACAGACUAUAUGGAUAAACAUUUAACGGAAGGUGGCGAAAUCACGGAGCACCAAAUCGCCGUGCAGGGUGGUCAGCGACGUGACGCAAGGAAUGCUAACGUACCGAUAAUGCACCGUUGGCUACGCACGAGCAAAACCAUCGUUAUGGAGCUAAAUGUACCCCUCGUUCAAAUGAACUUCCUCGAGGAUCACACGAAACUUAUUGUAUCGCAGCAGCCACGCGGAGGUUACUUUGUCACCUAUAUCGACGGUGAGCGCCGUGCCUCUACUUAUCAACUCGACGAGCUACGCAACAGUGGCUGCAGCCCCGAGCUCCAUGAUAGGCUCCUCUACAUCUACAAAGUCACCAAGGAAUUUGCCGAGCUUGAUACUGCGUAGACUCCCU